CUGCUGCUGAGGUGAGUUGUGAUCGGUGACAUAAUGGACUAGUCGCGUGUUUUUAGAGCGCGUGCUUAGAUCUGCUGGAGUCGAGCGCUCUCGCGUCUCUAUAACGGAGGAGAGAUCGGUUCACAAUACUGCAGAUCGGACAUAAUGGCUACAAUGCUGAGCAAAGAAUUGCCGGAUAUCGAGAGUAUCCUUGCCUUGAACCCAAGGGUGAAGACCCACGCAAAUCUCCAUUCCACCUCCUCUAAGAAGAACGAGAAGAAGCAUUGGAAGAGAAACCCAGAGAGGAGCUGUGAUUCUUGUGUGAAUUUGGACAACAACUUCGAUGACAUCAAGCACACGACUUUGAGCGAGCGUGGGGCACUUCGGGAAGCGCUGAGAUGCCUGAAAUGUGCAGAUGCUCCUUGCCAGAAAAGCUGCCCCACCAAUUUGGAUAUCAAGUCUUUCAUCACCAGCAUUUCCAACAAGAACUACUAUGGUGCUGCAAAGGCAAUUCUGUCCGAUAACCCUCUGGGUUUGACCUGUGGCAUGGUUUGUCCCACCUCUGAUCUGUGUGUGGGGGGUUGUAACCUCUAUGCAUCUGAGGAAGGCCCCAUCAAUAUUGGUGGGCUGCAGCAGUUUGCUACUGAGGUGUUCAGUAAGAUGGGCAUCCCUCAGAUCAGGAAUCCAGAGCUUCCUCCAGCACACGAAAUGCCGGAGAGCUUCCACACGAGGAUCGCUCUCAUUGGUUGCGGCCCUGCCAGCAUCAGCUGCGCCUCCUUCCUGGCUCGGCUAGGCUACGAUAACAUCACCAUCUUUGAGAAACAGAAAUACAUCGGUGGCCUCAGCACUGCUGAAAUUCCUCAGUUCCGUUUGCCCUAUGAGGUGGUGCAGUUCGAGAUUGAUCUGAUGAAGGAUCUUGGUGUAAAGGUUGUUCUUGAGAAGGGACUGGGGAAGAACGGGAUGACUCUGACCUCGCUGAAGGAAAAGGGCUUCCAAGUGGUCUUUGUUGGCAUUGGUCUUCCACAAGCCAACAGGGACAAGAUCUUUGAGGGCUUGACCACCGAACAGGGAUUCUACACAUCAAAGGAUUUCCUACCCUUGGUUGCAAAGACCAGUAAAAUAGGCAUGUGUAAUUGCCGUUCUCAGCUGCCAAAGCUGCAUGGGAAUGUGAUCGUCCUAGGCGCAGGAGACACAGCGUUUGACUGCGCCACCUCUGCUCUCCGCUGUGGAGCUCGACGAGUCUUUGUGGUGUUUAGAAAGGGCUUCACCAACAUUCGCGCGGUUCCAGAAGAGGUAAAAAAAAAAAUCAGUUCAGCAGCACCUGCAGCCAGUGAUAAAUUCCUAUUGAAAGAACAGCUGUAUACCCCACGAUACACUCUAACCACUCCAAUCUCUUUAAUAUUAUGUGCUGGAACAGUGAAGAAGGCCCUGGAACCAGUAAAGCUGAACGGAUGGGGGACACCUGAGGUGAACAGCGAAACCAUGCAGACCAGUGAACUCUGGGUGUUUGCCGGCGGAGACAUCACCGGCUUGGCCAACACUACCGUGGAGUCUGUCAACGAUGGCAAACAAGCUUCCUGGCACAUCCACAAGUACAUCCAGUCCCUUCAUGGUAACACAGUAAGCACCACUCCCAAACUGCCCUUGUUUCACUGCGCCAUCGAUACAGUGGACAUCAGCGUGGAGAUGUGCGGGAUUAAGUUUCCUAACCCGUUUGGGCUGGCCAGCGCUCCACCCACAACCAGCGCAGCCAUGAUCCGCAGAGCCUUCGAGCAGGGCUGGGGCUUUGCCCUCACCAAGACCUUUGGCCUGGACAAGGAUUUGGUGACCAAUGUGUCACCGCGAAUCGUGCGUGGGACUACCUCAGGUCACAUUUUCGGUCCUGGCCAGGGCUCGUUCCUCAACAUCGAGCUCAUUAGUGAAAAAACAGCCGCCUACUGGUGCAAGAGCGUGGCCGAACUCAAAGCCGACUUCCCCAAAAAUAUUAUCAUUGCCAGUAUUAUGUGUGGCUACAACCAAGCUGACUGGACUGAGCUGGCAAAGAUGGCUGAGGACUCUAAAGCUGAUGCUCUGGAGCUGAACCUGUCCUGUCCUCAUGGCAUGGGGGAGAGAGGUAUGGGACUGGCCUGUGGACAGGACCCCGAGCUGGUGAGGAACAUCUGCCGCUGGGUCAGAAAGGCCACCACCAUCCCCUUCUUUGCCAAGCUCACACCCAACGUCACCAACAUCAUUGACAUCGCCAGAGCUGCGUAUGACGGUGGGGCAGAUGGAGUCACAGCCACCAACACUGUAUCUGGACUGAUGGCUCUCAAAGCCGACGCCACACCCUGGCCUGGGAUUGGCAGAGGCGCGAGAACUACAUACGGCGGCGUUUCUGGUAAUGCAAUCCGCCCCAUAGCUCUGCGUGCAGUGUCAGCUAUAGCGAAAGCUCUUCCUGGCUUCCCGAUCUUGGCUACCGGUGGUAUUGACUCGGCAGAGUCUGGAUUGCAGUUCCUCCAUGCUGGAGCAUCUGUUCUGCAGGUGUGCAGUGCUGUGCAGAACCAGGACUUCACAGUGAUUGAGGACUACUGUUUAGGCCUGAAGGCGCUGCUGUAUCUGAAAAGCAUAGAGGAGCUGCACGAUUGGGACGGCCAGUCUCCUCCCACCAUACGCCAUCAGAAGGGCAAACCCAUCCCCCGCGUGGAGGAGCUCGUCGGAAAGAGUCUGCCUAGCUUUGGACCGUACUUAAAGACGAAGACUGAAGCCCUGGCGAGGUACAAGAAGAUCCUUAAAGAUGCUAGCGGCAAUGUGAUCACAGACACCAGUGAUUCUAGAGUUCCCCAAAAAAACAUCCCCAAAGAACCCAUCCCUAAUGUAAAGGAUGUGAUUGCCAGAGCGCUGAUGCAUAUUGGCGCCUACCAGGAACUGGACAACACGGAACAAGUGCAGGCCCUCGUCGAUCCAGAGAUGUGUAUCAACUGUGGCAAAUGCUACAUGACCUGCAACGACUCAGGCUACCAGGCGAUUAAGUUUGACCCUGAGAGCCAUCUUCCUGUAAUCACGGACAGCUGCACCGGCUGCACUCUUUGCCUGAGCGUGUGCCCCAUCAUCGACUGCAUCAAAAUGGUUACCAGGACAACGGCGUACGUGCCCAAGAGGGGCCUGCCUGUUUAUCCCGUUUGCUAAAGCGCACCGUCGCUCCACCUGACCGGAGAGAAAGAAAACCAAGGAGCCACGUUUCAUUCAAAGCAUCGAUUCCACUUCUAAUUGCUGUGUGAAAAAUUACCUUUAUUAUGAAAACGAAUAAUUAGCCAGCAGAAAUAAUUGCCUUAUUCCCAAGCCAGUUAUGCUAGAAUAAUUGUGCUGGCAAAAAAAGAGUUGCAUUAUUUCAAAACAACACAGUGCAAUGUUAUUUUUUGUCAAAAGUGAGAGGGAGGAUUGAUUGAGAAAGAUGGUGAAGUGCUGUUGUUUUCUCUGGUAAAAAUGAAUAGCAAUAAAUAAAAUAAUAAAGCAAUUGACAGUAUUGAAGUCUCAUUUUCACAGUAUUAUUUUGAAACUCGGGAAAAUUAAUUAUGUGACUGGUAAGUGAUUAAUAAUAAGCAUAAUAAUUUAUAAAGCAGAUUUGCUUUGUUUAAUGUUUGUUAGUAAUUAAAUCGCAAGGUUUCCAAUGAUAAGCAAAUUAGUUCCAAAAACAUGGUUUUUAAAAAGUACAAGCCAUAAUUAAUUUGAAUAAAAUAUCACUAGACUUAUUGUGAGUUUGAACAGUUUCACUCGCAGAUUGUUUAGGCUUCUUGAAGAGCAGCUUUAGGUUUAGGCACAGACUGAACAAAUCGUUCUAAUGAUGUUUAGAACGCUUCCUCUAAUGUCCCAACUGAUUUGUUUUGCAAAACAAAGCAUUCAUUGGAGCUGAUGCAAACACGAGUCUGAGAGGUUUAUGCUGAGUCUCUGUUGUGUUGAUAUGAUCUUCCUAUAAUUGUUACAUCUGCGAACAAACAUCCGAUUGGGAGCAGUGGACAAGACGGUAGACGGAGUUAAUUAAAAUGCUAUCGUUUUCAUCUCCGAGAUG